AAAAGAGAUUUGUGUGAGAGGGGCGAUGGCAUUUUGGUGCUUAAAGUAAAAAGGUUUUAUUUUUCGGGUAAUUUAAAUUAGAUUAUAAACUGGAGGGGGAUGUGUCAGCAAAUCCGCGUGAUAACAUAAUCCAUGGUAUAAUCCUAGAUAGGAUUCCCCCUCUUUCUAUUUUCAGCCAACAAAACAAAUUUGUAAUUUUUGAGGACGAAACAGUGGCUUCUCUCUUGAAUCUAGUUUCGCAGCAACAGCUUUCUGGUUAGAUGCAAAGACUGUUACACGCCUAGUUUCUACUCUGUUCUGUAAUUGAAGUUUUAUUCCCUGGUACAAAAAUGGUACAAGGGCUUUCAUUAAGCACACUAACAACGUCUGGAAAUGGCGGGUUUCAUUCGUCAACUUCUUCAUGGAGAAGACAUUUCAAACUAGUGAAGACAACCCAUAUAGGGAUUGAUAGGCAAUGUCUUUGGCAGCAGUGUGUUCAAAACUUACACAUGUGGGGUAAACCCAAUAGACUAAGACAAAGAAAUUUGAGGGUUGAAGCUGGAUGGCUCUUUAAAGGGGGUGACGAAGGGUUCGAUUCAAGCUCAGAGCGCAGUGAGACAGCUAAUGAGGAUAUACUGAUUUUCUUUUUUCAGUUAGACUUGGCAACUCGAGUACAGUGCGCUUUAAACAUGGAGCAGUAUGAUAUUGCACAACAGUUGAGAAACAAGCUUACUGAGGUUGAGGCAGAAAUAACCAGGCAAAAGGAGGCAAAAAGGGGAUUAUCCUCAAAGAAUGAAGCUCAAGAUAAGGCUAUAAGUAUCUUACGUUUGCGUGCAGAUUUGCAGAGUGCAAUUGAGAGUGAGAGUUAUGCUUUAGCAGCUGAACUCCGGGAUCAAAUUUCCAAACUAGAGGCAGAGUCUCUGGCUGCAUCAGCAAAAGCUCUGGUGUUUGAAACUGCACAAUAUGCAUUUCGUUUAGGGCAGAAAGUGAAGCAUAAAAUUUUUGGCUAUCGUGCUGUAAUUUGCGGAAUGGAUCCAGUGUGUUGUGAAUCUAGUUCAUGGAUGGACACUGCACAAGUUGAAAAAUUGCCUCGAGGUUCUAAUCAGCCAUUUUAUCAGGUCUUGGUUGACGUGCAUGCAGACCCCAAUCUACUAGUGGCAUAUGUUCCUGAGGAUAAUUUGUUAGCCCCUGAACAACCAGACACGGGAAGGUUCGAUCAUCCAUAUGUUUCCUUUUUAUUUUAUGGGAUGGAUACAGCUGGAGAUUUCAUCCCAAUCAAGCAGCUGCUUGAGAAGUACAACAGGCCUCGUCAUGAAGCGCCCAUCGAUCCAGAAGAUGAGGAGCCUAAGUGAACGAUGCUUGUGAGCUUUAUAAGGCAAUUUUCAUUCGGAGUAGUCAUUCACAAUAGUUCAUAACGAGAUGGGCUCGUACCUUGUAGCUUGUUAUGAUAAUGAUUCUUGUUAUCUUGUAUAUCCUAUAUUUUCCUCUAUUUUUUUUUAUUCUUGGGGAGGAUGGAGCCUCUUGUAAACUUGAGAUGGAAAACCAUUCAGGAAAAGUUCAUGUAUUUAUCGGUGCCUUUAGGUGAAAGAAUAAAUAAUAU